UCAAAACACUCCUCACCACAACAAUUGCGCUACCAUAAGCUUCGACCACCUUCAACUUCUUCGAAUACCUUCAAGCUACCUUUUGCUUCCAUCUUCAACGACCUUGAACUCUUCAACAAUCUUCGACCCUCCUUCCUCGUUCUUCCACAUCAACUAUUCAACAACAACAUCAACAACUGCUUACACCUUGCUCUAGACUUGACAACCCACAAGCUGUUGCACCCACCAUACUCAGCGUCAUUUUCGACUUCACAUUAGAAGCCUGCAAGUAUCUCGACAACCAAGCAUUACGACCACGGCACGUUUUUCAAAAUGCCUAAUUGGAAGACUUACGAAAGCUCCGUCCGCCUCCUCUCCGCCAUCCUCGCCGCGCACCCCGAUCUCAAGCUCAACUACUCUGAAAUUGCGAAGGCAUUUGGAGGAGACUGUACCAAAUGGGCGAUCGACAACCGCUUCAGAUCUUUGAAGACCGAUGCGAAGAGAAUAGGUGAUGCCCUGGCGUCUGGCUUCGAUCCAAUCACCCUUGACAUCCCUUCGGGUGCCAAGGGCAGGAAUCCAUCAAUCGCAGAUAAUGCCGCCCCAAAGGCCCCGAGAACGCCCAAGAAGAAGGUUGUGAAGAAGAACGCGUCGGAUGAGGACAAUGAGGAUGACGAGGAGUUGGAGAGUUCUCCCUCCAAGUUCACACCAAAGGAGUCACUCAACAAGACAAAGGGAGGUCGGGUCGCCAAGGCGCGCACUCCCCGCAAGGCCGCAGCGGCUAUUCCGACAUAUGUCGAGUCAGGUGCCGAGGAGGAUGAAGAUGAUGAUGGAAAUUCGGAUGAAUACACCGAAGAGAAGGUUUCCAGCAUUGUGGUCAAAUCCGAGUCGAAUGACUAUGGCGCCAUGACACCAAACCACGGCCAGGAAUCUCAAAACUUUGCGGCCGGCGAUCAUGCUGGAAACGGUUUCGCCCACCACAGCUUCGCCCACCACAGCUUCGCCCACCACAGCUUCUCCAACGGCGGCUUUGCGAACGGAAACUCCAACGGCAACUCCAAUGGCCAACUCGGUGGCUAUGACAUGGAAGAUGAAGAUGAGUUCCACGAGGCCCGAAACAACCAGUUUGGGAACGGUUACGACGAUGACGCUGUCUAAAUUGCUCCUUCAAGCUCGAGGCUGUUUGCGACGCUGGACUUUCCAAACAUUACAUUUUCGAAGAAAGCCCGAGCGGAGUGUCCAUAGCGUCUUUUCUUCGUCACUGAGCAGAGCGGCAUCCUUGGAGAUGCCGCCUCGAUUCAGAAACACAUACACCUGGAUUUGAUCAUGGAGUUUAUAUACCUGAGCUGCGAUCACGAAGUUUUACGAUACUUGAUUUUUGCAUUCGACACUCGCCAAAAGGUCUUUAAUUUUCAACGACUGGACCAAAUCGACGAAUUUCUUCAUUUUGUUAUUGAUUCUGUUUCUGUGGCACUCCCAUGCCAUGAGUGCCUCUUUACUGGAACUACUGGAAGAGCUUGGGAUCGGAAGGUCUGGUGGCAUUUGUUACUGGGCUGAGAUCUUUGCGAUGUUUUGCGGAGUCGGAGACACAUGGAUUAUGGAGUCUACCACAUUCACUCGAUACACCGAAUUCAACGGGAGGAAUCAGCGGAAAAAGUCAAGCAUACAGAUAUCGUAGAUACAAAAGCACUCAACAGUAGAGCAUUCAGAUAUCGUGAAUACAAGAGCACUUGACAGUCAACAGUGCCAUCCCCCCCUCUCUUUGCGAAUGUGAUGUGAUACUCUUUGUG